CUUGGCCGUAGCCCUCCUUAUGCCAGGGAAGCUGAGGAGCAGGACAGAGCUAUGGAGUCACACAAAGACAAGAUGAUGCUCCUGAGGUCAAGCAAGAGGAGGAGAGGUCCCAGAGGAGCCAAGCAGCCCGGUCCAAAUAUGGAUCCACCACAUAGGUCUCCUGCAGGAGCAGCCAGUCAGUGUUCCCACAAUGGUGUCACGCUUCCCUGAAUAACCAAGGCGUUCAUACAAACAAAACAAAGAAACCUUCGGUCUCUCUGGAGACAGGUCCCAAACAGAGAGCCCGGCCAGGCCAGCGAUGGGGCUGGAUGCAGUGAAUCACUGCAACCAGCUGGAGUUGAAGCAAUUUGGGUCAAAUAUUCACCCUGGCGUCACGCCACCGACUGCUCCUGCGUUCCACUUGCGGUACCUCAGCUCAGGGGUUGCUUUGCUGCUGCUUUUAGUUAUUGGUAAAGUCUUUGGGGUUGGAGCUUCCUCAGAGGACAAGGAGGAUAAGGUCUGUGGCAAACUGGAUCCUGCACAUUAUGGAGCAAGUCAUAAACCCCCCUUCUCCAGACUCAGGCACUGUGUGAUGCUCCAUUACCUGCCCUCACCUUCCAUCUCUCCACACUUCUGGCUCCUAGGACACCAGCCCGGUCGGUGUCAUCCAAGGUCACACAUUUGUGCAGGGGAACAACUGCCAGAGCUCAGUGCUUUCAAAUCAUCUUUAAGUACAGAGCAGCAUCUUGAAGCUCUGGAUUUAAUAUGCAAGACUAAAGCAGAGUCUUCCAAGAGUUCUUGCCCAUCGGUUACGCUUCCAUGUCGGCAUUUCUCCCCUCUUUGUGCUUGGAAGAAGGUUUCAGUGAACGUCUGCAAGCAUUCCUUGUUUUCCUACUCAAAAUCAGUGCUAAAAAAUCCCAUCCUGGAAAAAGAGGAUGGUGAAAGAUGUGUGAGGUUACAGAAACAGCUCAACUACAAAGGGAGGUAG